GGAGCAAGGUGUCGUUGGUGUGGCCCACAACGCUACCAUGAGCCUCGCCCUGGGUCACGUGCUCAAAGGCUUGGUGGCUAGCAAGUACGCACAACGGGACACGGCCGAAAACGUGAUGGGCACGCUGAAACCUUACGGGCACGUGGACCAAGGACACGCCGUCGUAGACCACGUGUACGGACCCACGGUGGCCGUUCACUUGGGAACGGUGUCUACGUGGUCCAACAGCAAGUUGCCGAUAAUCGGUGGCGGCGGUUUGUGGACAACGCCCGCGUGUCCCCGGGAGUUCCGGGUUGCUGACAAAACAGCGAGACUUACCGAUGCCGAGAUAGUUGGGACCCUGGAUGGUUUUAUCCUGGCAAUGACAAUGAAGAGAAUCAACAAGGACCGACCACGCCGGCUGAGCCAGAUAAUCGACGGAUACUACAGCUUCAGGGGCAUCCGGGAACUGCUUCCUGAGUUUCCCGAGGGUCUUUCUUUCUGCACGCGUAAGCAAGCCGUGGCCCGACUACUUUCGGCACCCAGAUUAGAAGAGCAGGUCGUGCUGGUGGCGAGAAUGUACUCUCUACUGGUCAACGGCGCUCCGCUGAAGCGCAGCGCACUGAAGAACUCGUUGCUACCCACCCUCAAGAGCUUUCACUCCAGACUUGACCACCUUCUCAUGACUUGCGACACGCAAACCGACGUCAUCGUACUGCUGGAUCCAAUUCCUGGCAACACUAUCUACGAGAAUUAUCAGAAGAAAAUUGCCAGCUACAUGGCCGAGAGACUGCUGAAAACAGGAGGCAGGCAUACGGCAGUGAGCUUGUCAGCAGCUGGCCUGAGCGAAGAUGCCAGCGAACUAGAGCUGGCGUACAACUCACGUCAGGACACGUACGCUUCGCCGUCGUGUGCCAUCGAGAACACGGCAGGAAAAGGUGACGCCACUAUUGCCUGA